CAUGAAGGGCAAGGAGCGCUCGCCCGCCAAGGCCAAGCGCUCCCGGGGCGGCGAGGACUCGGCGUCCUCCUCCUCCUCCUCCCGCGGCUCCAAGAAGCCCAGCGGCUCCUCCGGCAGCGGCGGCGGCGGCGGCUCCAACGGCGGGAAAGCGGCGGCGUCCGGCGAGAGCAACAGCGGGAGCGGCCGGCGCGGCGCGCACACCGACAAGGGCCGCGCCGGCAGCCGCGAGUACGAGAGCGGCGCGGCCGCCAGCGGAGGGGGCCGACACGGCUACAGCGGCAAAGCCGCGGAGGCGUCGCGGAGCAGCAGCAGCCGCGGAGAGUCGCGGGCGGCCGCCGCCUCCUCCUCCUCCUCCUCCUCCUCGGAGCCCGGCGAGUACAAGACGCUGAAGAUCAGCGAGCUGGGCUCGGCGCUGAGCGACGAGGCGGUGGAGGACGGGCUGUUCCACGAGUUCAAGCGGUUCGGCGACGUGAGCGUGAAGAUCAGCCGCCUGCCGCCCGGGCCCGGCUCCGGCUCCGGCUCCGACGAGCGCGUGGCCUUCGUGAACUUCCGCCGGCCCGAGGACGCGCGGGCGGCCAAACACGCGCGGGGCCGCCUCGUGCUCUACGACCGCCCGCUGAAGAUCGAGGCCGUCUAUGUGGGCGGCGGCGGCCGCCGGCGCAGCAGCCGCUCCCCGGCGCUGCUGGAUAAGGAGUCUCCGUACGGGGCGGCGGCGGCGGUGGGGGCGGUGGCGGCGGCCGUGCGGCACCCGCCGGCCGGGGCCGCGCAGCGGGCGCUGUCCCCCGCGGGCAGCGGCGGAGCGCUGGGCUACCGGGACUACCGGCUGCAGCAGCUCGCCCUGGGCCGGCUGCCGCCGCCGCCGCUGCCGCGGGAGCUGGAGAGGGAGCGGGACUACGGCGGGUUCUACGAGGCGCGGGUGCGGCCCGCCUACGGGCUGGAGAGGGUGGCCGGCGUGGCGGCGGCCGGGGGGUUCCGCGGAGGAGGAGGAGCGGGAGGAGGAGGCGGUGCCGGAGCGGCGGGCGAGGAGGAGAUCAGCCCCGAGGACGACCAGAGAGCCAACCGUACCUUGUUCCUGGGCAACCUGGACAUCACCGUGAGCGAGUCGGACCUGAGGCGGGCGUUCGACCGUUUCGGGGUCAUCACCGAGGUGGACAUCAAGAGGCCGGGCCGCGGGCAGACCAGCACCUACGGGUUCCUCAAGUUUGAGAACCUGGACAUGGCGCACCGGGCCAAGCUGGCCAUGUCGGGGAAGGUGCUGCUGCGCAACCCCAUCAAGAUCGGGUACGGCAAAGCCACCCCCACCACCCGGCUCUGGGUGGGCGGCCUGGGGCCCUGGGUGCCCUUGGCCGCCCUGGCCCGGGAGUUUGACCGCUUUGGUACCAUCCGCACCAUCGACUACCGCAAAGGGGAUUCCUGGGCCUACAUCCAGUACGAGAGCCUGGACGCGGCGCAGGCGGCCUGCACGCACAUGAGGGGCUUCCCCCUGGGGGGCCCGGACCGCCGGCUCCGCGUGGACUUCGCCGACACCGAGCACCGGUACCAGCAGCCCUACCUGCAGCCCCUGCCCCUGCCGCCCCCGGCUCACUACGAGCUCGUGGCAGAGGCGGCUGCUUUCGGGGCUCACCGGGGAGCCCCCCCCGACCCUCUGCGGGGGGCCCGGGACAGGACGCCACCGUUGCUUUACAGAGACCGCGACAGAGACCUUUACCCGGAGACGGAGUGGGUGCCCCCGCCGCCCCCCGUGCGGGACAGGAGUAACCGGGCGGCUGCCUACGACCCGCUGGAAAGCCUGGAGCGCCGCCGGGACGGGUGGUCCUUGGAGCGGGACCGCGGGGAGAGGGAGCUGGGCAGUAGCAGUCGGGACCAGCCCAGGAAGCGGAGGCUGGCGGAGGACGGAGGGCGGCACUUGGACCGCUCCCCCGACAGCGAGCGCUCCUCGUCCUCCCGCAAGCGCCACUGCCUGGCUACCAGCUCCCCGCCGGACCGCAGCCCCGAGCUCCUGGGGGGCCGGGAGCGGUACAGCAGCGACCCCGAGCGCUCGUCCCGCCUGCUCCUCUUGGAGCGGCCGUCCCCGGUGCGGGAAUCGCGCCGGGGCAGCCUGGAGCGGGGGCAGAACGAGAAGCGCGACCGCAAGAACUCGGCGGAGCGCGAGCGGAAGCACCGCGGCGGUGCCGCCGCCGCCGCCCAGGAGGGCAAGAGCCCGGCCAAAAAGGAUGAGCGGGCGGCCGAGGGAGGCGGGGGGGGCUCCCGCCUCAAACCCCCUCCCCAAAAACAGCAGCAGGACGGGGCGGCGCAGGCCGGGGCGGCGCCCAAGCUGUGCUUGGCCUGGCAGGGGAUGCUCCUGCUGAAGAACAGCAACUUCCCGUCCAACAUGCACCUGCUCCAGGGGGACCUCGGCGUCGCCAGCAGCCUCCUCGUGGAGGGGGCCACGGGGGGGAAGGUGGCCCAGCUCAAGAUCACCCAGCGGCUCCGGCUGGACCAGCCCAAGCUGGACGAGGUGAACCGGCGCAUCAAGGUGGCGGGGCCCAACGGCUACGCCAUCCUCCUGGCCGUGCCCGGCGCGGCGGAAAACCGCGCGGCCGCCGGAGCCGCCGAGCCCGCCACCACCUCCACGCAGAGGCCGCUCAGGAAUCUGGUGUCCUACCUAAAGCAAAAGCAGGCUGCAGGGGUGAUCAGCCUCCCCGUGGGGGGGAACAAAGACAAGGAGAACAGCGGGGUGCUGCACGCCUUCCCGCCCUGCGACUUCUCCCAGCAGUUCCUGGACUCCACGGCCAAGGCGUUGGCCAAAUCCGAGGAUGACUAUCUGGUCAUGAUCAUUGUCCGGGGGGCGUCCUAAGGGGCCCUCGUGUUCUGUUCCCAACCCUGCCUACUCCUCCACCCAGCCCCUCCAGCGUGUGCCAGGUGCUAUGGGAUACAGCCUUAGCCAGCCCUGUUGUUAUUUUAAUUAGACCUUUGUUUGUAGGUGACUUUUUUUCCCCCCGGCCCGAUUUUCUGUUACUACGUUUUUCUAUAAAGGUAGAAGCCAGAGAGGUUGGUUUAGGUGUAGUGUGAAUAGGAUAUUUUGAGAAUUUCCCUAUCAGUGGGGACAGCAGGGAGGCUCGGCCUGCUUUGAUUUACAAAAAAAAAAAAAAAAUUGAAAAAAAAAUAAGAAAAACGAGAACUGGGGAGGGGGAGGGAGAGGGAAAAGAAAAAACUCCCGUCUUCUUGAUUUUGAUUUGUGUCCUUAUUUCAUUUCAUGUUUUUUAAAGCAAGUCCAAGAGCUUGUCGUCCUCUGACAGAGCUCCAGACCCAACAGACCAGGUUUAAAGCACUCGUUGGAAUUGGAAAACCACACGUUUAGUGGCAGAUUGGUGUCAGCUCCUUUUCUGAGCCCUUGAAAUUCCGUGUGGGCCUUGGGGAUCACUUCCCUCUGGAGCUGGAAUGGUUUCCCCUUUGGGUCGAGUGGCUCAAGGUCGAUGUUUUCCAGGUGGGCAGAACACAAUUCCUUCUGGGAAAGGAAUUCCUUUCUCAUCCAGCCUCUCCCCUCCUCCCCUCUGCCAGGUGCAUGCACUGAAACCGGGCUUUUUCCCAGGUGUAUCCCCCCGUUUCCCGGUGUAUCCCAGACGUGCACUUUGGGUUUGGAGCGGUGAGGAGGUUUUGGUGACGAGCUGGGAGUUUUUGUUACAAACCAGGAACGUUGUGCCCGCUCUGGUGUGCAGGAAAUGAGGAGGUGCUUGAAGGAGAACUUGAGUUCUGUUGUGGGUUUUCAGUUUUACUGCCAAUUUUUUUUUUUUUUUCUGUGUGUGUUUUCCAAGAAUUGCAGGUACAGUGGGGUCUGGUUCCACAGUGCAAACUCUCAGCAAGUAAGUGCUUCUCUCCAGAGAUGCUUUUAAUUCUGGGAUAAUUUAAUUACAUAAAAGUUCUCAUUAACGUUUUACCUCUUUGUUAAUAGCAAGGAACUGCUGUCUGCUAGGGACUCUUCAGGUACAGUGCAGUGGGCAUUACAUGAGGUUUAUCAUUUUCUGGGCACCUGGAGAAAAGUGGUUUUAGCAUCUUGGAGAAGUAUUAAAAACACUCCGAGGUGCCAAGGUUUGAGCUCUUGUUCCUGUGAUUCAAGGAUGAAACAGUUCUGCUUUUUUUUUUUUUUUUUUCCUUUUCAAAGAACAUGGUUAAUUUUCUCUUAUUUUUCCCCAACAAUUGGGCACUUUUCUUCACCUGUCUCAGCCACCUUGGUAAUCCAGGCAUUUAGGAGGGAAGAAGGGAUUUAAAUCCCUAAAGGGGGAUCUAAAUCCCCAGUGCUCUGUUUAACAACCAAAAGGAUGUUGCAGCAACUUCUAAACUGGAGUGUAAAUCUGACUGGUAUCUCUUUACAGGCCCCAAAAAUUGUGAUCUUGCACUUAAACCCAGAAUGUAACCUUGCACUUAGCCACGUUUUCAGGGAUUUGGGCCACGGAAAAGCGACGCUGCUCCAAUAGAUUCCUUGGGUGAUGGAUGCAGGGGUGGGUUGAUUUGUGGUACAACUUGAUCAGAUUCAAAAUGGGGAAUAAGUUGUGAAUAGGAGAUGAAGGAGGAAAUGUCUUGAAUGUACUGUGUGGGUGUAACUGAACUUGCUUGAGUUUCUGCCACAAAAAUAGGGAAAUUUUUGUUACUGAACCACUUUGGUUGAUUAUCUGCCUGGAAUGAAUGGACACAGUAUCCCAAGAACUAAGAAUUCCAAUGUGGCAGGGGGGUUUUGGUUUUCAAAGCUUCUUUUUCUUUCUAAGUGAGAAGCUAAAAGCCUCAUUUAAUGCUCUUAAAUUCGAGGGGUAAAACUCAGGAGUUCUGGGUUGUCCUUCGGGGUGAAUGUAAGAGAUGGCAGAAUUCAGCUGUUCAGCUUCCUAUUAACAACGAGAAUUUUGGGGGAACGACACCUUAAAUGCAAAUCACUGUGUUGUGGGAGUUCCAGAGUGUUUACCACUUAAUGCAAAGAAUGUUUUGGUUGGAGCAGGUGUCUGUUGUGCGUCAGCAGGGGAUCAACUCUGUUCAAGUGCUGCUCGUGUUCAGAGGGGGUUUUCUCGUUGCAUCCGACAGGAAUCACUUGCAAAGGGUUUUCUAGGAAAGAAAUUUGAACCUCUGGGAAUUCAAAUCCGCCCUAAACAAGGGAGAAAAAAAAAAAAAAAAAGAAGGAAAAAAGCACUAAAUGUUUGUGUUGGACACUGGAAGUCGCUGAGAGCAGCGUUUGUUCCGCUGAGGCACAGCAGGCACCUGCUUAAAAAGCCAUAAAACUUGGGGUCAGCGUGGCUGGUCAAGGCAAACUCAGUGUGGGAAGAGCAUCCUGGGUGCACUUCCAGUUUUUCCUUGGGAAAAUCCUGGUGGUUUUAACUACCACUGGUUGCAGUGAGCCAAAUUGUGCUAUGCUGGGCGGGGGAUGAAAAGGAGCGGGCGAGGCUGUGUUUGACUCCAGCUUUUCCGGCUCCUUAUUUCCUGGAGUAUCUCCCUUUAAAUCUGGUUUAUUUGUAGCGGCUGCUCUGUUUUGUAAGCAAAGAUUUUAACACCCUUGGAGGGUUCUUAAGGGCAAAACAUUGACUGGCAGCCGCUUUGCCAGGAUCCCGGUGCUGCCAUCCCGGAUGGGCUGUGCUUUCCCCCUUGGUCUGAGGGAUUCCCCCACUGGAGUAACUGCCCACUGAAGUUGUCUUGGCCAGGGCUGAGCAUUCAGAAGCCCGUGGGUGAUACCACUGUGUGCAGAGCAAAGCAGAUGUAGCAGUUGUUGGCUCUCUCCUUGUGUCUGGCAUUCCGUUGCUCCGGCGAGAGCUGGGUUUCCCUCCACAUUCGCGUGUGCAGCUGAUGUUCCGAUAUUUCAUUAGCGUCUUGAAUUAGCCUGGAAAAAGGAUGUCCCUUUUCCCUGAAUCAUUUCACCCUUGUGCUUGAACGCUUUGGGGGAAAGAACCUCAAGUGACUCAUAGUUUUUGUUCGAGAUUUCAGUUCGCUGGGGUUUGGGGUUUUUUUUGUGUUGUUUUUUUUUUUCCUUCUUUUAAUUGGAAACAUUACGCAACUUCCUUGGCCUCCAUCCAGCCGCUUUGUUUGCUCCCGUUGAGCUGCUGUGGUGGGAACACCGAGGUUACUCUCAACCCAGAGGUUUUAGGGUCAGAAAUACCAAACGCAUCUUUGUCAGCGCUGCAGAGAGAAGGGCUGGGCAAGACAAAAAUCUUCCCUUCUCUCUCUCUUUCUCACGUUUUCCCACGAGGGUGUUGAAAGGUGGAAUAUUUCGGUGAAACUUUUCUCGGCAGAGAAUGGGUUGGAAUUUCUUCCACGGGUUUGGGAGACCCUCUGGUUGAUGGUAACCGAGGUGAAAGGCCUCGAGCGUUAAUGGGGGAGGAGGAGGGGAGCGAAUCAAAAUUGUGAAGACAGGUUCAAAAACUCUGAGGACUCAGGGAUAAAACGGCUUGGAAAACGGUGAUUCCUGGCUCUUUAAGUGAAACAGUGUUGAGGGACUCCUGGGGAGUCCGUGUGUGUGCCCAGAGGGGAAGAAAUGAUGCCAUGUGUCUCUAGAGCUUUUGGGGUUCUUUCCCCUUCGUCCCCCGCUGUGCAGCAUCGAAGGACAGAUAUUCCAAUGAUUCAUAGACUGGACGAUGAGGUGAUUUUUGUAUCAGGCGUAAAAAAAAAACGGCCCAGCCGGUUCAGAGAGGGGUUCGUUGAACAUUCAACUUCCCGCAGUUCCGAUUUGUGCGCGAGCGCUGGCGGAGAAAUACGACUUGAAUAGCAACAAUUUUCAGUUCCACUGGGCGUGUCUUUGAUUUGACCUUUUUCCUUUACUACUUUGGCGCGGCCAAACGAGGGCAGAAGAGCUGUGUUAGCAACACUACAUUUCAUGGGUUUGGUGAUAAAAGUUGCCUUCGGGGGAGAUAACCCCGGGAGGAAAGCCAACCCAGCUGAGCCACAGUUGGGUUGGUUUUCCUCGUGGUUAAUGGUUUCAACGUGUCCCAUCAGCUGUUACUGCGAGUUGGGUAAAUGCUCAGUACUGUAAGCCUUAGUUUAACCUUGGUCCAAAACGAAGCCCUGCACUACUUGCUUGUUUUGCAUCUCCCCCCUGGAAGAGACGACUUCAUUCUUGAGGGGUUUUGUGCCCGUGGGUUUGAAUUGGUGCUUUUUUUGAAAUCCAAGUAGAAUAUUCAGAAAGGCCUCGUAGCUCUUUGUGUCCAUCUGUACGAUGUAGGGAGGGGGAGAGGGGGAAAAAACAACAAAAAACAAAAAACAAACCCCCCCAAAUCUGGUGUAAACAUUUGUAUUGAAAUAACGUUUUCUUUCCUCCUCGCAAAGCAAAUCUGGUGGACUGCAGAAGACAUGGGAUACCAAGCUCUAAAAUGGACCUUUGGGAAGAGAAGCUGUGGCUUAUGUGGAAUUUCCAUGGGCCUCCUGAUGGAAGAAAGCUUAUCUGUUUAGUAUUUGUGCAUUUUACUAAAAAAAAAAAUGGCAGCUUUAAAAAAAAAAAAAAAAAAAGUUGUGUAUCUGCUAUUGUGAUGCCAAUGCCCGUGUUUUAAGUGGAAAAAAAAAAAUGACCUCUUUGCUUUGUGCUGUGUACACAAGAUUGCUGGAAAAAAAAAAAAAAAGUAAA